GAGGGAUUCUGCGCGCAGGGCGAGGGGAGAGACUCUGACUCACAAGUCUAAGCACAUUUUGCUAGAAAAAGAAAAAUACAGAAACGUGAAGGGGGAAUUGAGAGGAUUUCCUUUCCCCCUACGCCAAUGCAAGCAAUAGAGAAGACAGACAGAGCAACCUGUACUUUCAUUAGGAAUCACGAAAAAAUCAUUUAAAUUUGUGGAACAUACAAUGUGAUUCAGUCAGUGAACACACUUAGUUCACAUCAAGGAACUGAAAUAGUGGAGACACCAUUUAAAGGUAUGGAUUGUGGAAAGGACGUCAGUAGGAGUGGAACUCCUACACAAUAUCAAGGAACUCACACAGAGGAGAAGCCAUUUAAAUGCAUUGAGUGUGGAAAGAGCUUCACAGAAAGUGGAACGCUUAGAAGACACCAGAAAACUCACACAGGGGAGAAACCAUUUAAAUGUAUGGAGUGUGGAAAGAGCUUCACAGAAAGUGGAAUGCUUAGAAGACAUCAGCAAAUUCACACGGGAGAAACCAUUUAAAUGCAUGGAGUGUGGAAAAUGCUUUGGUCGUACAGAUUCGCUGAAAAUGCAUCAAUGUACUCAUACAGGAGAGAAAUCAUAUAAAUGUUUUGUGCGUGGAAAAUUCCUCAAAAAAAGUGGAAGCCUGUGUAUACAUGAGCAAACUAACAGGGGUGAGAAACCAUUUAAAUGUAUGGAGUGUGGAAAGAGCUUCCUUUUUAGUAAGCACCUUAAUGCACAUCAUCGCACUCACACUGGUGAGAAACCAUACAGAUGUAUGGAGUGUGGAAAGGGCUUCAGUGAGAGAGGAGGACUCAAAAGACAUCAGAGAACUCACACAGGGUCAAGACCUUUUAAAUGCAUGGAGUGUUGGAGGAGCUUCAGUCAGAGUGGAGACCUUAGAAACCAUCAACGAACUCACACAGGGCAGAAUCCAUUUAAAUGUAUAGAGUGUGGAAAGAGCUUCAAUCGUAGUGGAAACCUUAGAAGACAUAAACUAACUCACACAGGGGAAAAGUCAUUUAAAUGUAUGGCGUGUGGAAAGACUUUCCGUGAAAGGGCAAAACUUACCAUACAUCUACGAACUCACACAGGGGAAAAACCAUUUAAAUGUGUGGAGUGUGGAACAUGCUUCCGUCAUACACAUUCGCUAAGAAUGCAUCAAUAUACUCAUACAGGAGAUAAACAAUAUAAAUGUUUUGAAUGUGGAAAAUGCUUCUGUCAGAGUUCAAGCCUUAAUGCACAUCUACAAACUCAUACAGGGGAGAAACCUUUUAAAUGCAUGGAUUGUGGGAAAAGCUUCACUAGUAGUAUAACGCUUAGAAGACAUCAGGAAACUCACAUGGAAAAAACCAUUUAAAUGUAUGUUUGGUUGCAGAAUAAAUACAGGCAUAUCUGGAGGAUGUGGACCAUUUAGACUGCAUUUGUCCCAAUUGGGUUUCAGGUCCUGCCAUCGGACUGAGACCGCCCUGGUGGCGCUGGUUGAUCAUCUCUGGUGGACAAGGGACAGAGGUAAAAACUUUUUCCUGCUUGUGCUGGAUCUCUCAGUGGCUUUUAAUGCCAUUGACCACAGUAUCUGGUUAGCUAUUUGUGAGAAAAAUAUCUGCAUUACCCAGUUGGUUGAAAAUAAAUCUUUACUUGUCAGGCUGGCAA